AGUGCGGCUGCAGACCGGGCAAAACCCAGCUGGGCUGGAAAGCCAUGCCCAAGUACUGCCGGGCUCCGAACUGCUCCAACACUGCGGGUCAGCUGGGCGCGGACAACCGCCCUGUGAGCUUCUACAAGUUCCCGCUGAAGGAUGGCCCCCGGCUGCAGGCCUGGCUGAGGCACAUGGGCCGUGAGCACUGGGUGCCCAGCUGCCACCAGCACUUGUGCAGCGAGCACUUCGCCCCCUCUUGUUUCCAGUGGCGCUGGGGCGUGCGCUACCUGCGACCCGACGCCGUGCCCUCCAUCUUCUCCCGAGCGCCGCCUGCUCAGAGGCAGCAGAGUUCCCGAAGCACGGAGAAACCCAUCAUGGCUCCGCCUCUGCAGGCGACCCCAUCCUUGGCCCCUGGGCCCGUACAGCUCUUGGUGCUGGGACCAGCCUCCGGGGCCCCCGAGGCUCCAGCCACCGUGUUCCUGACGCCCCUGUCGCUUCAGCCGGCUCCUGCGGGGCCGCGCCCUGGACCAUCGGCCCAGCAACCCCGGGCCGGGCUGGGCGCGGCGCUGGGCGCGCUGCAGCGGCGGGUGCGGAGGCUCCAGCGGCGCCACGAGCGGCACCAGGCGCGGCUGCGGGCCCUGGAACAGCUGGCGCGGCAGCUGCAGGCGCGGGCGCACUGGGGCCGGCUGUGUGCGCACCCCUAUUCUCUUCUAGGGGGUUCCCAAGUGGCACUAGAGGUAAAGAACCUGCCUGCCAACGCAGGAGAACUCCCUCGACCUGAGGAAUCCCAAGCCUUCACCAUCAUCUGUGGAGGGCCUGACAUUGCUGUGGUCCUUGCCCAUGGUCCUGCACCUCCCACGCUGGAUGCCAAGCCUGAGCUCCUGGACACUCAGACUCCCAGUGCAUAAGGACCAGGACAGAUAAUGUCGUGGGAAGGAUGACAGAAGACAGAGGAAGAGACACACAUCACACAUAGGCCUGGCCCGCAUGCCUGGGGCAUAGCACUGCCUCCCUCAAAGGCCUGGCUCCCACCACCUCCUCCUAGGAACCCCUUGAACUUUAGGGCUGACCUGGGCCCAAGACCUCUGUCAGCA